AUGGCAGUCUUUAGUUUGGUUUUUUUUUUCUUUUUUACUGGGAUGCUUAUCAUAUGUGGUGUUCCUGGAUACAUUUUUUUCAAAUGCAGUUUUUUAUCGCGAUGUUCUAAGUAAAUGGAAUAAUUUACGAAAUUUUCUCAGGAAACAUGGCUUCGCUUCACUUUUUAUCGCUUUUAAUGGUUUUCUACAACGUUGUGAGCUCACAAAUAAGUAAGAUUUUUUCAAAUUUGCUUUUUAAAAAAUAUGAAUUUUCCAGUUUGUCCCACAAAAACUUACUCCCCAGCGGAUGGUGUCAUCUACCUACCAGUAGAUAAUUCAAUGACGACUUUGCCGAAAAAUUUCAACUGUAAUUAUAAGGUAUUCUUGUAAAAGAAUAAAAAUAAAGAAAAUCAAUUUUCAGUUCAAUAUUCCUGCUGGAUUCGUCGCGAAAAUCACGGCCAAUACGAAAAUGGCUGUUGGCGACGUAUUGAGUUACACAAACUCUUUAGGGGCCACUAACACGUGAGGAAGAAAUCAUGUCUAAAUCUCUUUCAUUUACACACUUUGUAUUCUCAAUACCCUUUUUUUUCUCAUGAUUGAAACAUUUUUCGGCUCAAGCCAAGUGUUAAACGAAUUUUUCUGAAAAUGACUUAACGCGCCCGACCAAAAACUUCGUUCGCAUAUAACGGCGCAGCUUCAAAAAAUAAACUCUUUGAAGCGAAAUCGUGUUGCCUUUUUUUCUAAUCUUGGACAAACUAAUUUUUCAUUUUCAAUGAAUUAAUAUUUUUUUUUAAGACUUCCAAAUCCGAUUUCCAACUACGUGAGAUUCGUAACGUUCCCGUCUGGAUCUUUAAAUGUCGCCACUAAAUUUGAAACCAGCAGUUUCAGUGCAAAACUUGAGUUUGUUGAUGGUAAGUCCUUUUUGUUCUAACUAAGAGAUAACCUCAACUGGUGAUAGGACUUUUUAAUGAGAACUAGUUUAAAAGACGCAGUUUGUUUCGCUGAUUCCAAAUCAGUUCAUAGAUUUCUCCGAGGGUGUUUUUGUAAAAUAUUGUGACAAUUCGAAGUUGAAAAAAACCCGAUUCAUCUCUUGAGAACGAUAAAAACGUUGAUCACGAAAAAAAUUUUUAUUUUUUUGGACAAAAUUCUCGAGUCAAAAAAUAAUUUUUGUAGUAGCUCACAAGCUUGAUGGAUUGUAAUAAAGGCCCUAACAAGCCUUCCUGACAGUUUUUCAUGAGGAAAUCCGGGAUAAGCCUAAAAAAAAGAUCUUGAGGGCCUAGUUUCAUUUGAAAAUCUCACUUACAGAACUGAAAGUGCAAACAAAAAUCCAAGUUAAACAAGAAAUUUGCAGUUAGAAAUACUUACACUCAAACGGUUUUAUCAACUGGAAAUUACGUUGCUCUGAAUGAUCUGAGAAAAAAGAGUUACGUGACGUUCAACAGCAAGAAAGUCAAUGAGAAGGUUCGUUUUUUUUUCCAGCAAAAAUAAGCUCUUUUUCUAUUUUUUUUUUCAUUCAGAUCAGGCUUGACAUCGCCGCACCGACAAAUAAUAUAACUGACUCGACUUGGGACCAAGUUUUCGUUUUUCAAGGAAAUAACCUGAAUGGAAACUUCCUCGGAGGGUUGAAAAUGACAUGAAUAUUGAGGAUUUUCUUUUAAAUUUAGACUGACCAACUUUACAACGGGUCCGCCAGGAAUUCCGAUUUCUAUCGUCAAUUUUUACGCAACUUCCACUCCGUCUUAUGUUGUGGCCAAUGACGAAUCUGGUAUUUCAAUUCUUUCAGGAAGACAUUGAGAAUAGACUCAUAAGGAAGGUCAUAUCACUUUUUGGUCGAGAAAUUCCUGAAAAUGAGCCAGCACACUCCUUGAGGAAGUAGUUGAAGAUUCUGAAAGUUUUUAUCUGCACAAGUUUCUAGUUUUUGAGAAAAGACGCCUCAAAGUCAUGAAAAGCCUUAAAAACUCGUUGAAAUUAGCAUUUUUUAAGCCUUAUUACUCGAAAACUAGGUAGCGGGGCAGAAUGCGAAUUUUUUUAUAACAUCAAGAAGUGACUGGCCAAAUUUCAGGCUUAAGAAUUCGAAAAAAUAUUUUUUGAAGCUUCCUGGUUCCUUGAAGUUGGAAUUAUUGCCUUCUCAAAAAAUCCUCUUUGAAUAUAUUCGUAUUUUCCUUUUAAUAAUAAUGAUUAUUAUUAUUUCGUUCACUGCGUACGGUAUGAAUAUAUGUAGUUAUAAUAACACAAGACAUUCCUUGUUAAAUAAACGGCAAAAAUGUUUUUCAGCCCUGGCCAAAUUCUCCCUUUACAAGGCCUACGUCAUCGAAGGUCCAUCCAGAGGCUCUUUCAGGAGUUCGGUAGCAAAACCGGCCGCUUAUACCUUCAUUUCCAGUACUUCUAAUGUUGUGUUCCUCGAAUCACUCGAUUUCGAUUCUUUCCACACGGUUUGUGAGGCCUUUUUGGAUCUUCUCUUUAGAAUUUUAUGUCCUUCUCCCUCAUUCCCUUAUAUUUCAAACCUUACCUUGAAAAAAAAACACUCAAAAGGCCUGAAAUGAGCUUUCUUUUCAUGAAAUUCUUUCUCAUCCAGAAAUUUUUCCAUGGAAACUCCUAGUUUUACAAUCUUACAGGUUGUCUGAAUAAUAUAAAUUUGGAAUUUUUCUUAGGUCUUGUUACUAUUUUUGAAAAUUUAUCCCUAGAUAUAGUUACUAACUCCAGAGUGGUCCUUUAUAGGGGCAAUCUUAAACGCCCUUGAAAAUUUCUCUAGGGGCUACUUCACCUGCCCCUAUCGGGACUGCUCGAGCUUUAGGAGCUUCAAGGUCAAACUCUAAACCCCUAUAGGGACCACCAAAAUUUUACCCCUCUAGGGUGCCCUUUUUGUUCCCUAUAGGGGCUGCUAACCCCUUGGGGGUUUCUCUGACGCUCCCAGGUAGCUUUAAAAUUUUAAGAUAACCAAUCUCGGCUACGUCUCAUUCCAGUCUCUGGCGCCGACGAGCAGCAAUUUCGAAACUCUCCGUUACGAGUGAGAUUUUCGAAGGAAUUCAUUAAAGUUUCAAAUUCUGACUUUGAAGUUGAUGGCCGCACGUGGAAUGGCUUAGAGCUUGGCGGUUUCUUAAAAUUUACAGCUGCUCAUAUGUUGUACUCAUUUCUUUUCUGAUACUUUUGCGCGCAAGUCGUUUUGGCUCGGGAACGUUUCCAAACAGUAAGGCGACUACGACAUUCCAAAUGACAUCACUGUGUUUCAAGCCAAAGCAAGGGAAAAUACAGAUACUCAUAAAAGAGGUCGACUUUUGGAAUUUUUGAGUGUAAAGGCCAUUCCAAUUGCUAGCAGAGAUUUUCAGCAGAAAUCAUUGGAAAAAAAAAAUAAAAUAAUGUCCUCAAAUAUAUUUUGUUUUUUGAAUUGUCCGAUAGCCAUUCCAAAUGCGACUGUGCAAUUUGAAAAAAUGGAGCCGUCAACCAGUAUAAAAACGUCUAUAAAUAAACGAAUUUUGAAAUUUUUCCUCCCAUAACCAUUCCAAAUGCGACCAUUUUCGAGUCGAAGCUUUUUCAGCGCUCAAUCCUUCACCACAAAUUCCUUGCCUCAACAAAUUCCGACCAACUUUUUCACAAUGCUCGUCUCUCAAAGUGGCAUCAGAUUGUCUUUCGAUUCGAAUUCAGGUUUUUCUUCCUUUCAAAAAACCUUGUAUAGCUGAUUCACGGCUGGCUUGAGCCAUCGAAAAAAGGGUCCUGACACGAAAAAAGAGAGUGACAGGCCACGCCUCUUUUCGUCGAACCGGUUAUAACAUAUAUAUGAAUUUCAGAUGGUUACACCAAGAUAUCGGACCAAAGAAACGGCUACGUUUUCAGUCCAAGUUAUUGGGCCGAUACUGGUUCAGCAGUUUCUUACACUUUUUGUGAGGAAAAUUUAAAAAUUUCAAGCAAUAAAUUAUUUUCAGCCGAUAAAACGAAUAACUACAAAUUCACGACAUUAGUCGAUUAUUUGUCAUUGAAAAAUGGGGAUUCUCUGGAUAUUACUGUGAAGAAAGGGUCAUCUGUCGUGAAUGAUAAGAAGUGAGUGAAAUUUUUUCGAAUGGUCGAAAAAGAGUUUAGAGUUAUCAACUUGAACAAUUUUUAUUGUGAUUUCAACGGCCUAGCUGGAAUAUUUUCAGUGUGGAUUUUUCGGAGUGCAUUUAGAAUUAUUUUCUCGCCAAAAAACGAUCGAAAUGACAUGUUUAUGCAUUGUUAGAACAAUCCAAAUAAUUAGAGAACUGUUGAGGAAAAAAGGAUUGCUGACCGGAAAAAAAAAAUCGUCUUUGAAAGCUGAGGGAUCAGAGAUUUCUUAAACUUUCUCCAGUUCCUUCGAAAAAUUCUCUGUCAACUUCAGAAAUUCCUUUUGCUUCAAUAAAACUCAAUAGAAAUUUCACUUGAAAAAAUCGAACACAGCGUAGUGUUCAAGUUUAAGAAAAACGAAGAAAAAUAGCAAAAUUAGACAAAAGUUCAAAAACAUGGCGAUUUUGUUCAAGCGGAACCUUUUUUCGCAUCAGAAAUUUGAAUCCGAAUAUCUUGAGAUUAUGGAUUUCUGGGACAUUUUCAAAAAGAACAUGAAGAUCGUCAUGAAAAAAUCCGGAGUGAUUAAAAUUUUUUUGUAGAAGAAAAAUGUUCCGAGGCGUUCAUAUCGAACUGUUUUUAAAUUACCGUUUAAUAAAAUUAUUUAUUUUUUUCUGGUAAUAAGUCUCAAAUUCAGCUAUACAAGCUCUAUUACCGGAGGAUCAGUUCAAACUGGAACUGGAGAUUCUUUGACAAUCUCGGCUAAUGGAAAAAAUCCAGCUUCUGCUGUUAAAGUCUACUUCAAAGCGGAAAGAACUCAAGGUUCUGCCAGCUCCACAGGUAAUUUGAACAAUUAAACUCAAAAUUCCUCAAAAAUGCGUUUCAGGGUACUUGGUCGUUCUUCUCACGGGCUUCUUCUACGCGAUAACUUGUUGA